AAAAAUAUAAAAUAUCAGUAUAAAUUAAUAAGUAUAUUAUUAUCUUCAAUAUAAAUAUUAAUAAAUUAAAAUGUCUACAACACAAAUAACCAACCCAGCAAAUAUAAUAUGCGGAUUAAAAGCUGCAGUGACGGCUUUGGAAUGUUAUCACAACAUGGAUCUGUUAAAACGAACACAACAAUUGAAAAAGAGAAAAAAGACACACCCACCUAUGUUCCUGAUGAUUCCUAUUGAAGAAAAAGAUAACAUAAAGAAAAAAUUGCAUAUUACACAUAAAACUACUACACCGGUGAAUGAUGUACAAGCAGUAGAGAAAAAGAAAAAACUUAGUAGAAAGAAUAGCUGCAGUAAUUUGGCAAUUGAUUUAAAAUUCCCUGAAAUGAGAGGUGGAAUUUUAUUUACAAGAUGCUGUUGUGUGCACAGAGAUGGUCUUCAAAAUUCUUGUCCACUGACUUCGUGUCAAGGACAAUCUGAAUGCCUCGUUAAACCGUGGGCAGUAUGCCCUGCUGCAAAAUUCUUUCGAUGUCGAUAUCCACAACAGUUUCCAGUGGAAAAGAAUUAAAUACUUAUUUAUAGAUGUUAUUACGUCACAUAAAAAUACCAAUAUUUUAAGAAGAUUUCGCUAUAUGAUUAUAAACGGGUAUGAUAAUAAAUGACUUCCCAAAAUAUUGUAUAUAUUUUUUAUUAAAAUAAAUAAAACAUGCCAUUAAUAUAUAGUACAUAAUAUUAAUUUUUAUUUCAAAUUGAAUUUUCUAUUUAAUUGAAAAGAUAAUCUUAAUUCAAUUGAUCACACAAGUAUCACAAUAUUUGACCACUGGUUUCGUAAAAUUAGCAAGGAACACAGGGAGAAUUACAAAAAAUGUAUGGUGGUGAACAUGGUGGUAGACAUGGCGGUGGAUAUGAUAGUGGACAUGGUGGAGGACAUGGUGGAGGACAUAGUGGAGGACAUGGUGGAGGACAUGGUGGAGGAUAUGGUACACAGAUUUUAUAUGAUAUACAGGGUGGUACUGAUGAUGUUGGUAUACAACAAGAAGUAUUUAAUGGACAAUAAGCACUUGAAGGACAUGGCAGUUUCUGUCCACCACAGAUGUCUUUAGCAUUAUUACACAUUAAUCUACAAUAAGUUGCUAAAGCCGAUUCUCGAGCUUUAUCGGCACAAUAAAAUUUUCUCAGAACAACUUCAGCAUCUCCUAAAUCGGUUAAUUUCAAUAACGCAUAUUGGCCAGAAUUACAAACGGGAUAUAAUUUUGUCAUGCACUCUGGUCUGCCCAUGCAAUCCCACAUCAUGCAUCUAUCUUGUAAACCGUUCCUUUUAAUACACUCACAUCUAUAUAGUAUACUUGCU